AUGGAUGAAAAUAUAGACGACAAAAGAAGAGAAAGUAAUUACAAAUUUUUAAACUCUGAUGAAAUAAACAAUUUAGAAUAUAUUUUUAAUAAAAUAAAAAAGAAUAAAAAUGAAAAUGUACCAAUACAAAAUAUAGAAAAAUUUCUUCUUAAAAGUCAUAAUGAGCAAAUAUGUGAUGACUUAGUUAGUUAUUUUCAUUUAUAUGGUAGUACAGUAACACUAGACGAUUUUAUAGGGCAUUUAAAUUGUGAUAUUAAUGAGUUUAAAUCAAAAGAAAAAAUAAAAAACUUAUUUGAAAUGCUUGAUGAAAAUAAAAAGGGAUUUAUAACAUCGAAAGAUUUCAUUAAUGCAGCUAAAGAAUUUGACAACGAAUUUAAGGAGGAUGUAUUAAAAAAUAUAUUCAAAAUUAUAGACUUAAAUAAUAAUAAUAAAAUAAUUUUUGAUGAAUUUAAAAAUGCUAUAUGGAAUAUUUAG